AUGGGGCAAUUCAUACCGACAAUUUUCCCCAUUAAAAAUAGCGGCAAGUUCGUACUGGUGUCGGCACAAUCCUCGCAUACCCUUGUUUCAACGUCGUCUAUCGCUUUGUUAUCCGAAGUGAAACAGGAGAGCAUAUUGGUGCUUUUGGAUCAUGUGGCUGUGCCUCUUGGUGCAGUUUUGAAAGCAAUCAAGGUGGUCAAAAAGGAAGGAAUUGAACACAGUGAUCCUCUGAUCAUUACUCAAGCUUCAUCACUAGGUCUGCUACCAGUGGAUUCUUCGUAUGUGGAUAUUCUCAUAUCCAUCUGUAGAUCACCUGAAUUUCCUGGUGAUGAAUUGUUUGAGGAAAUCUCGAGAGUUUUGAAGCCUGGUGGAAUGAUUUUGAUUCACCCGACUUCUCAGUCUGCUACAGGGAACAUGACAACCUCUUCUGUUGAGCGCAAAUUACUGUUGGCAGGGUUUUUGGAUGUACAGGUUGUUCUAAUGACACAAGUUGUACCAUCAGAAGUUGUCCAGUCUUUUGGGAUUACGGCAAAGAAGCCUUCUUGGAAAAUUGGUUCAUCCUUUAUUAUCAAGAAAGCCUCGACAAAUUUACCUAAGGUCCAUAUUGAUGAUGACGUGGAUCUGAUAGAUGAAGAUAGCUUUGGUGCUUGUGAGGUUGGAAGCACAAGGAAAGCCUGCAAAAAUUGCACCUGUGGACGGGCUGAGGAAGAAAAGAAAGUGGAGAAGCUAGGACUGACAAUGGACCAGCUGGACAAUCCUCAAUCGGCUUGUGGCAGUUGUGGACUGGGUGAUGCUUUCCGGUGCAGUACACAUCCACACAAGGGUCUUCCUCCAUUUAAACUGGGUGAGAAGUCCCUUUGCACGAAUAUUGCCAAAGGUCGGUCCUACCAAAAAAUCGAAGAUGUUCCUUUAAAUGGAGAAAGUGGGUUGUACACCCAUGCUUAUCCUUCUGACUUUGAUCUGUAG